AUGAUUCACUUGGCUAUGGAACAAGGUAUAGUAGCUAUCUUUUUGUUAGAGGAAGAAGAAGAAGAAGAAAUGAAUAAUUUGGUUGUCAUAAUAGUUGUAUUACUAUUAUUUAUUAAUACUAUCAAAUCUGAUAUUGUAGAAUAUGAUCAAAGAUCAUUAAAAAUAAAUGGAGAAAGAAAAUUAAUGAUAAGUGGAUCGAUACAUUAUCCAAGAAGUACACCGUCUAUGUGGCCAUCAUUGAUAAAAAAGAGUAAGGAUGCUGGAAUCAAUAUGAUUGAGACUUAUGUGUUUUGGAACCUGCAUCAACCCAACAACAGCCAAGAAUACAACUUUGAAGGAAACGCAAACAUUACUCAUUUCUUGGACCUAUGUCAACAGGAAGGACUAUAUGUUCAUCUUAGAAUAGGUCCAUAUGUAUGUGCAGAGUGGAAUUAUGGAGGAAUACCCUCGUGGUUGAGAAACAUUCCUGGUAUUGUUUUCCGUGACUAUAAUCAACCAUGGAUGACUGAAAUGGCCAGUUGGAUGACUUUUAUUGUCAAUUAUUUAAAGCCAUACUUUGCGAGUAAUGGAGGUCCCAUUAUAUUGGCACAGGUAGAGAAUGAAUAUGGAUGGUUGGAGAAUGAAUAUGGAGACAGUGGUAAAUUGUAUGCCGAGUGGGCAAUAUCGUUUGCCAAGUCUCUCAAUAUCGGUAUUCCAUGGACCAUGUGUCAACAAAAUGAUAUAGAUGAUGCUAUCAACACUUGUAAUGGAUUCUAUUGUCACGAUUGGAUUCAAUAUCAUUUUCAAGUCUAUCCCAACCAACCUGCUUUCUUUACAGAGAAUUGGGCUGGCUGGAUUCAAUAUUAUUCCGAGGGUGUUCCUCACCGUCCUACAGAAGACCUACUCUAUUCGGUGGCUCGUUGGUUCUCUCGUGGUGGAUCACUCAUGAAUUAUUACAUGUGGCAUGGUGGUACCACUUUUGCAAGAUAUUCAUCUACCUUUUUGACCAACUCUUACGAUUACGAUGCUGCAUUGGACGAGUAUGGUUAUGAAGCAGAACCAAAAUACUCUGCUCUCGCCCAAUUACACUCUGUAUUGAGUCAAUACUCUUAUAUCUUAUUGUCAUCUGGAGAGGUGGCUCGACCAGUAAAUAUAUCAAACAUCACUACAUGCAACACGAUUGAAAUCAUUCAAUACAAUACUACGAUAAAUGGAACAUUAGAGACAAUUACUUUUGUAACCAAUUUUGGUGUAUCUUCUUCUGCGCCAGUACAACUCAAUUGGAAUGGUCAAACCAUUACUGUCAAUCCAUGGUCAGUGUUGAUUCUAUACAAUAAUCAAACAGUAAUAGAUACUAGUUAUGUCAAACAACAAUAUUCAGCACAAAAGGAAUUUUACCAAUCGAAAAGAGUUAAAAAUGUAUUGGUAUCGAGUUGGACAGAACCAAUUGGAGUUGGAAACUAUAGCAAUGUUGUGACUGCCAAUUUACCAAGUGAACAACUUGACCUCACUCUAGACCAAACCGAUUAUCUUUGUAAUGCCGAUGACAUGAUUUAUAUUUACAUUGAUGGUGAAUAUCAAUCUUGGUCACGUGGAUCACCGGCACACUUUGUAUUGGACACUAAAUUUGGUAUUGGUACUCAUAAAUUAUCAAUACUCUCCUUGACCAUGGGUCUGAUAUCAUAUGGAUCACAUUUUGAAUCAUACAAACGAGGUCUCAAUGGAACAGUCACACUUGGUACACAAGACAUUACAAACAAUGGAUGGUCAAUGAGACCUUAUCUUGUUGGUGAAAUGCAAGGUAUACAAUCAAAUCCUCAUUUGACAAGUUGGUCAAUUAAUAAUGAAUUAUCAAUCAAUCAACCUCUAACUUGGUAUAAAUUAAAUUUAAUAAUUCAAUCUGAAAUUCAAGAUACUUCAUCUUUUGCUUUAGAUAUGAUUGGAAUGAAUAAAGGAUUUAUAAUAGUUAAUGGAAAUUCAAUUGGUAGAUAUUGGUUAACAUUGGGAUGGGGAUGUGGAUCAGGAUGUAAUUAUACAGGAGAUGGAUACCAAGGAUAUCUAUGUAGAACUGGAUGUGGAGAACCAAGUGAAAGAUAUUAUCAUGUGCCAAACGAUUAUUUAUAUCUUGAACCAAACCAAUUAAAUGAAAUCAUUGUAUUUGAAGAAUUAUCUGGUGAUCCAAAUUCCAUUCAAUUGGUUCAACGUUAUGUUCCCUAUCAACUUGAUCAAACCGAUUAUGAUAAUAAUUUAGAAUUUCAAAGGAUAUUUGGUUGGUUAAAAAAAAAUAAUAAAUCAUUUUAA